AUGGGUAAAGUCAGAGGAAAGUCGGUCAAGAGGGCGUCCCGCUCCAUCAUCGAAAUGUAUUUCAGCAGAGUCAACAAGGACUUUGAGAACAACCUGUCUGUGGUCAGAGAUGUCACCAUAACACAAAACAAGAGGAUUAGAAACCAAAUUGCGGGAUAUGUGACCCGGCUCUACAACAGAAUCCAGAAGGGGGUUGUCAAGGGAAUUUACAUCAAGUCCCACGAGGCUGAGAAGGAGAUGAAGGAGAGGUUCAUUCCAAAGGUCGGUGUUUUGGAUGUGGAGAAAGUGAUGGUUGACCCCGUCACCUUUUCUAUGAUAAAGAAGUAUCAAAUUCAGGGAAACUACGCCUCAGUUGGAUCUGAAAGAUCGCAAUAA